AUGGGGGGGAAAAGACGCAAGCUGCUGCAGCUACAUGGGCCCCCAAGAGCGGGAAGCCGGGUCCAGAAGCUCCAGCGCAACAAGCCCUCGCAAUCAUCAGCCAAUGGCCCCGCCAAGGCAAAGAAGAAGCACAGGCAGCAGCAUCGCCCAGAGGAGCCGACGAUCCCCUUUGAGCCGCACCAUCGCAUCCUUCUCAUUGGUGAGGGUGACUUGAGCUAUGCUGCCUCCAUCAUCGAGCAUCAGGGCUGCACCAACGUCACUGCCACCGUCCUAGAGAAGGAUGCUGCUGAACUUCUCGACAAGUACCCCCACGUUGAGGACAAUGCCGCUGUGAUCCGCGGAGAGGAGCGCAAAACCAAGGAGGGGAAGGGGGAGGCCAAUGAUGAGGGUACUGAAAAAGAGGGGGACGAUGAAGAGGACGGCAAGGACGACAAGGACAGCGACGACGCCUUCAACGACGAAAACGAAAGCGAUGAAUAUGACGACGAAUAUGACGACAGCCCCAAGCCUAAUCGCAAAGCGAUCCCGAACAACAGACUCCUUUACGACAUCGACGCCACAAAACUCCCCGCGUCCCUCACCCGUACACGCUACGAUCGCAUCAUCUUCAACUUCCCCCACGUCGGUGGCAAAUCCACCGACGUCAACCGCCAGGUCCGCCACAACCAGUCCCUUCUUGUCGCCUUCUUUCAGCGCGCCCUGCCCGCCCUCGCGCAACGCGGUGCCAUCGUCAUCACCCUAUUUGAGGGAGAGCCCUACACCCUCUGGAACGUCCGCGACCUCGCCCGUCACGCCGGGCUUCAGGUUGAGCGCUCCUAUCUCUUCCAGGCCUCCGCGUACCCCGGGUAUCGGCAUGCCCGCACCCUCGGCGUUGUGCGCAAUGCGCAAGGCGAAGCAACAGGCGGCGGCUGGAAAGGUGAAGAGAGGGCGGCGAGGAGUUAUGUGUUUAAGAGGAAAGAGGACAUCAUUCCGGAGGGGAAGAAGAGACCCAGAGAUGAUUCUUCGGACGGUGAAGAUAAUUGA